AUGCCCAUUGAGCCGCAAACUUACUGGGAUUUUGAGACGGCGAAAGCUGCCAAUCUGUCGGUGAACGGACCUUGCGAGAAUGAUGGCCGUGGAUGCAUCCCUCAAAUUCUGAACACGCUCCAGGGUGCGUACACCGACGACGACACAGACAUCGAGUUUGUAACGAUCCAUGCGUUGAUGGAGCAUGGUCUUGACUUGACCUACCCGCAAAUCGCUGCCUAUUGGCAGAAGUAUGUCCACAUCACGGUGAAUGGCUCAGACGCGCUUUGGUUUGCCAACCGGGUGGCCCGCGAAAACAUGGAUGCAGGCAUGCUGCCUCCUGCGACGGGGUCGAAACAGAACAAUGAGUUCUGGUGGACAAUUGACCCACAGCUGGUGAACGAGCUGUGGAGCGUCAUUUAUCCUGGCAUGCUCAGGAAGGCCGUUCGCCGAGCCACGUGGGGGGCACAUAUCACCAGCGAUGGGUGGGGCACACAUCCAACAAGGUUUUAUGCGGCACUCUACAGCGCGGCAUUCUUCACUACAGAUGUGCAGAAGCUCUAUGCGAUCGGCUUCGCUCAUGUCCCCAAGCGCAGCCCUUUCCGACGGGCGUUGGCAGAUGUCCGGAGAUGGCACAAGGACCACCCGGACGAUUGGAGAACAGUGUGGCAGUCGAUCAAGACGCUGUAUGGACGCUACCCAGCGGAUGACUGCGGCGAAAUUCCCUGGAAUUGUGCCGUCUCUGCUAUGAUCAACGGCGCUCUUGGAGCGAUGGCUUUCCUGUACGGGGAGGGCGAUUUCAAGAAGACAGUGGGCAUCGCCAUUGCUGCAGGCUUCGAUUGUGACAAUCAGGCUGCCACAUUGGCCGGCUUGCUAGGAGUCAUGCACGGGGGAAGCAGCAUUCCGAGAGACCUCACGCAUGAAAUCGCUGGAAAUAGCUGGGCAGAGCCCUUCAACAACAAGUACGUGAAUCAGCGUCGUCCGCCCCUGGACCCUGAGUUCACCAACUCUGAGAUCGUUGAUAUGGUGCUAAGUCUCACAGAGCGCGCUAUCCAUGCUCAUGGGGGCGAGGACCUCGGCGAUGCCUACCGGUUCAAGGUUCCGCUGAUCCUUACGUAG